AUGGCCGAGUUGAGCGUCCUUAAAGCGAAUUUCCAUCAUCCAUUCCUUGUUUCACUGCAUUUUUCCUUCCAAAACAAGGAGAAGUUGUAUUUCGUGCUUGAUCAUCUCAACGGCGGCGAGCUCUUUUCACAUUUACAAAGGGAAAAGCAUUUUUCCGAGUCACGCACUCGAUUCUAUGCUGCCCAGAUCGCAUCUGCUAUUGGAUACUUGCAUGAGAAUAAUGUAAUAUACAGGGAUCUAAAACCCGAAAACUUGUUACUGGACAGGCAUGGCUACUUGGUCCUCACCGAUUUUGGGCUGUGCAAGGAGGGCAUGACGCCGAAUUCAGUUACCAGCACAUUCUGCGGCACACCCGAGUUGGUUGCAUACUAUUAUGUGGAAAGGGGUUUUUGGCUGAAUACCAUUACUUUUCCAAGGUAUCUUGCACCAGAAAUCAUCCUCAAAAAGCCAUAUGAUGUUAGCGUUGACUGGUGGUGUCUUGGAUCAGUCAUGUACGAGAUGCUCUAUGGUUUGCCACCGUUCUACUCUAGGGACCACAACGAGAUGUAUAAUCGUAUCGUAAACGAACCAGUCAAAAUAAAGAGAAGUAUUUCCACAGUAUCUACGGAUAUUAUCACUGGGUUACUUCAAAAAGACAAGACCAAGCGGCUGGGCUCCAAGAGUGACUUCAAGGAGGUGAAGGAGCAUGAUUUCUUCAAGCCGGUCGACUGGGAAAAGCUUCUACGACGAGAGAUCAAAGCUCCUUUCGUUCCUCGUAUCGAAAGCGAAACCGAUGUUAGGAACAUAGCUGAGGACUUUGUGAAAAUAAAAAUCAAUCCAGCUUCGCUUGCUCCUCAAAACCUUGCCUCCACUCACCGCGAUCAUGACUUCAUGAACUUCACAUACGUCCAGAAAAAUGAGAUGCCAUAA